AUGGCUUCCACCACCGAACGUCACUAUAAGUGUGAGAAAAGAACUCCCACUCACCUUCAAACAACUCAAUCAGACACCUCCUUCGCCACCAAAUGCGGUAUACACAACUUUCGCGACAUUGGAGGUUGUCAAUCAGCCGGGAGCAUUGGUGUUCGGAAAGGAUAUAUAUUUCGAUCUGCCAAUCUCAACGAGAUCACCUCUCUCGGCGCCAAUGUUCUUGCCAAGGACUUUGCUAUUCAGGUUGUAUUUGACCUGCGAUCAGGAGAAGAGAGCAGCACAACCAACAAUGCCUUCGGGAAUGGCAUCGAAAUUCGGCAUCUCCCCGCAAUGAACUGGAAACGAUGCGAGGAGCCUCUUGUCAAGCAUUUCACCUGGCUGUCACACGACAUCACCGCGGCAUUUUUAGUGAUCUAUGAGCGUCUAUGCCUUGAGUGUGCCCCAGCUUAUCGAGUCAUAUUCAAUCAUAUCAAGGAUCACCCCAAAUGCCCAAUCCUCGUUCAUUGCGAUAUAGGCAAAGACCGCACCGGACUUUUGAUUGCCCUAAUACUCAAAGUGCUUGACAUCUCCAACGAUGAUAUUGAGGAAGAAUAUCAUCGAUCCGAAAUCGAAAUUGUGCCCCUUAUUGCCUCGAAAUCUAGGAAGCUGCUGGAAAAUCCUGUUAUUGCAAAUCACUCUACAGACAUAGGAAACCAUUUCUUGGCUCCUAGGGAGGCAAUGCGGGCAUUACUGUUGCAUGUUGAGGAGGUUUAUGGGGGCGGAGAAGGAUAUUUAAGUUUUCUAGGAUUCACCGAUGCGGACAUCAAGUCUAUCAAAGGAAUUUGA